CAUGUUCCACUUGGAGCCUACGUCAAAGCCACCUUUAUUCCAUCUGUUGGUGUAAGAGGUGCUCGGAAUAUCGCGAAAGCUAGCGUAGCACGAAGUGCGGCAGGACGACUGCGGGAGCUAGACCCGUGUUGCCAAGACUGACCUCCGAUACUAUCGCGACCUCAAAUUUCAAGAGUCAAUUAAGCCCGACAAGCUGUAUCAACAACCCAUUGUCUUCAACCACUAUGCGGUCCUCAUUACUUCUGGCGACCCGGGCUCCCCGCGUAUGCAGCAAGCCAUCAAUUACUGCUUUACGGGGAUCAACCCGUAGCGCUCGCUAUUCUCAACUCGUCGAUGCAGAGGCAGAGGAAGUGGACGAAACAGAUUUCGCCAGCGAAAGCAAAUCACGUACACCCUAUAUACGCUCACAGGAGGCCAUUCAACGAGGUCUAAGAUAUGGCUUUGGCCAAAAGCCCGUCUACAUGCCCAGCUUUACCAUCCAACUCAUCUACCAAGAAAACCCCAACGAGGCGAAAUUCCAUGUCCCGCUCAACUUCUCAAAGAUGGACCUGCACGACUACCUAUACCACGCAUACGGCCUCAAAGUAAAGAACAUCCGCUCGUGGGUGACAAACGGGUACGCGACAAAGGAAAAGAGACCCAGCACAAGCUUUGAUCUGCUGUACGCCAAGGCGUGGCGCUGGGUCGAGGGGAAGAAGUAUAUGAUCGUGGAGUUGCACGAGCCCUUCAUAUGGCCGAAGCCGACCAAGGGGAAAAUGAGGAAUAAGAAGACGGGGGAGGUUGAGGAGGUCGAUGAUUUCAGACCAUGGGGCAAACAAUUGGACGCGGAUUACACCGCGCCACAAGCAAGACGGACCAUCAUCAACACCAGAGAUCGCGCUCUACGAAUGAAGAUGGAGGCAGAGGAGAUCCUAAGUGGAAAGAGGAAAUGGCGACCUAUGCACUUGGACAUCGAAGACAGCCAGCGGAAUGGCAUGCACUAGGGAAGAAAAGAGCCAGGCCAGGAGCUCGUGCGAGGGUGGUUGUUUAGAGAAAGGCGAGUAAGUCUAUGUGCAUCGGGUACUGAACAUUAGACUUCAGCAUGUAUAAAGUAUUUCUGGACGUGUUGCAUAUACGGAGUUGACAACCUAGUCUUUCAAGAUUAAGAAGAGUCGAGCGCUUC